UAUUUAUAGAUGCCAUAAAUCUUUCGAGGCAGCCUGACCUCAAGAGGUUGAAACUGAAACGGACUGCUGCCUUUUGGUUGUGAAGUGUUUAUAUCUCUACGUGAUAUUCUUUUGACGGAAUCAUGCCUGCUCUAUCAACUGGAUCUGGAAGUGACACAGGUCUAUAUGAACUGCUGGCUUCACUGCCUGCCCAACUUCAGCCUCAUGUGGACAGCCAGGAAGACCUGACUUUCCUCCAGGAUAUGUUUGGUGAAAAAAGCCUCCAUUCACUAGUAAAGAUCUAUGACAAACUUCUGCAAUAUGAGAGGCAGAGUCCAACACCCAUACUUAACUCAGCUGUACCUCUGGGCGAAGAUCUUACUGAAGAGCUCCAGAGCAAACCACUGAGUGGUGAGAGCCGAGAACUCCUGAGACUACUGCUAAAACCCACUUUUAAGGCCCUACUUUUUGUGCAUGAUACAGUGGCUCAAAAAGACUACGACCCAGUACUUCCUCCAUUUCCUGAUGACAUUGAUGAGGAUGAAGAUUCUGUAAAAAUUAUUCGGCUUGUCAAAAAUAAGGAGCCACUAGGAGCAACCAUAAAAAAGGAGGAACACACAGGAGCCAUUGUUGUAGCAAGAAUUUUGCAUGGAGGUGCUGCAGACAGAAGUGGUCUUAUUCAUGUUGGAGAUGAGUUAAAAGAAAUUAAUGGAAUUCCUGUGGAUGAUAAAAGUCCUGAGGAAAUUAUACAGAUUCUGGCCCAGUCUCAAGGAGCCAUAACAUUUAAGAUUAUACCUAGUAUCAAAGAAGAGAUGCCAGUAAAUGAAGGCAAGAUGUUUGUCAGGGCCUUAUUUGAUUAUGAUUCUAAUGAGGAUAGAGCAAUUCCGUGUAAAGAAGCAGGCCUUGUUUUCAGAAAAGGAGAUAUUCUUCAGAUCAUGAGCCAGGAUGAUGCAACUUGGUGGCAGGCCAAACAUGAAGGUGAUGCCAAUCCCAGAGCAGGUCUGAUUCCUUCAAAACAGUUCCAAGAAAGGAGAUUUGCGCUGAGAAAGCCUACAACACUGGUUCCACUACAAAGAAAUUCAAACAGAAGAUCAUAUGAGGAAACGGUUAACAGUGAUGAAAGUGAAGAUCCUGCUCGUGGUGACUAUAACUCUGGAUUUUAUAUAGUGGGUCUCAGACGAAGCUUCCGACUUAGCAGGAAGGACAGGAAGACAAACAAGUCCAUGUAUGAGUGCAAAAAAAGUGAGCAGUAUGACACAGCCGAUGUGCCGACUUACGAAGAAGUGGCACUUUAUAAGCGACAUCCCAGUGAGAAGUACAGAUUGGUUGCACUAGUUGGUCCUAUUGGAGUUGGACUGAAUGAGCUGAAGCGAAGAGUACUUCUGAGUAAUCCUCAGCACUAUGGAGUGACAGUACCACAUACAACUAGGGCAAAAAGAAGUCAUGAAACUGAUGGAGUGGAGUACAUCUUUAUUUCAAAGCACUUGUUUGAUGCAGAUAUUCAAAACAACAAGUUCAUUGAAUAUGGUGAAUACAAAGGAAACUUUUAUGGAACAAGCAUAGACUCCAUCCGAUCUGUUAUGGCAUGGAACAAAGUUUGCCUGUUAGAUGCACAGGCUCAUACACUUAAGCACCUACGGACUGCUGAAUUCAAACCCUUUGUAAUAUUUAUUAAACCACCAUCACUGGAACGUUUGCGAGAAACAAGAAAAAACUCAAUGAUUAUUUCUAGCAAAGAUGAAAAAGGCUCCGCAAAACCUUUCACGGAGGACGAUUUUCAGGAGAUGAUUAGAAUGGCGCAGGUGACAGAAAGCCAGUACAGCCAUCUCUUUGACAAAGUUAUUGUUAAUGAUGAUUUGAGUUCAGCUUACAGUGAACUGAAGAAGGUCUUAGACAGACUGGAAACAGAGGCAUUCUGGGUUCCAGUAAGCUGGCUGCAUAGCUAACAAUUGUAAUGACACUGAAUGCAGUUUCGAUAUUUAUGUUGUACAUUAUGAAAACAAGAAUGGUUUUAACUUUGCAAUUAUUUGUCAGAAAGUUUAAUUUGUAUAUCAAAUUUUUAUUUAGGGGUAGUUUUUCAUCUUCCAUGAGACUAAGGUUAGAUCAAAGAAAUACUUGGACUCCAGUCUUCUUGUGGAAAACAUGAUUCUGCUGUUUGUUCUUCAUGAGUCACAUUUUUAAGAAAACAUGCAACCAGUAUAACACAUUUCAUUUAGAACUAGGAAGAAAAUUGUUGCAAAGCGCAUUUUAUUUGUAAGAGAACUGGACUUUGUGUAGGCUAAAUGUACUAGUACAAAUCAUAUUAGAAUAUGAUAACAUUUUUUACUUUCUUAACGGUAUGGAUAUAUUCCUCAAAUGUUUACAUUUCCUGCAAAAUGAAUGUGGACUGUGAAAUGGCUUGUACCCUGCCCCCAGCACACACAGAUUUGUACUCAGACAUGCUUUCAUAUGCACUGAAUAUAUAUUUUGUUGAAGUAUUAUGGACAGCAAGUCACAGUCCCCAUUCAUCCUGUGGAAAAUGCAGUACAUAAUAUGCUUUCCUUCUGUAGAUGUAGUUCACUGCUGAAUGUUGUUACUUUAUAAAAUAGGGCAUUUUGCAUGUAUUUCUGUUUGUGACAUGGUGGUAUGCUUAAGCAGCCAGAGCAGAAAAAAAGAGUUGGGGGGGGCGGGGGGCUUCCAUUAGUCCAUCCCCACGUAUGAAUAUGUUAGGAGCUGAUUUAGAAGUAGGCUUUUUAACAGAACCAAUAUUUAUUUGGUAGAAUUUAUUCAGUUAUGAUUAAUAACUGUGCUGAAUGCAUUUUAUUACAACCCAUUAUGUAUUUUAUAUAAAUGCACACACACACACACACACACACACACACACACACACACCAAGUGCUCAAAUUGUCAAAAGUUCAGCUAUUAAAAAUUUUAAAAAAGUGCAGCAAAUCAAACCCACACACAAACAAAUCAUUGAAAUACUAAAAACAAAUUUUUGCAGGUUCCAAGCCUCCCCCUCCUACAAUUUAUAUAUACCAUCUUUGAGAUCACAUUACAGUGGGAAGACAAAUCCCAGUCACCACUAUACUGCAGUCUCUCACAUGCAAAGACUAGCAUUAUGUGAUAAGAACUCUUUUGUCAUCCUUUGCAUCAUUUGACCACUGGACAGUUUGAGCACUUGUGACACACACUUUUUUUAACAUGUUAUCAUUUAAGAAUGAAAAUAUGGUCACUGCAGUAGUAACAACAGGUGGUCUCUAGUUGGCUAGUUUAUAUUGUUUAGUAAGUGUAAGCCAGCUUUUGUGCCUGAUAUUUAGAGAGAGAGUAUAAAAUGACAUCAGUGUAUGCCAUAUCAUAUAUUUAAAUUGCAUUCAGAUUGGGCGCAAAAUAUACUGCUAUCACUGUUAACUGAAAAUAAACAACUUUAAAGCCAGUAAUACACUUCUUAAUUGUGUGUUACUGCGUAGUGUCAUUUUUAAGGUGGAGGAAACAGGAUUCACCUUGUAUUCUGACCCAUCCCUAAUGGGAGGGUAUUGCACAGUGUUGUGUAAAGUGCCUUGCCUUAUUGUUUAACAUUUCCAUGUUGACAAUAUACUGCCAUCUCAUUUGCCGUAGUAAUUUCAUAAUGCUUGCAGUUCACUAGAGAUAGAUUGUGCAUAACCAUAAACCAAACACAUACGGAGUACAUUCUUUUGGCAUUAAAAUGUUUUAGGAAUGCAUCAUGUGCCUAAAUCCAUGAACUGCCAGAUAAGAAAAAAAAAAUAUGGAUAUAAACUCUAUUUGUUGAUCUAAAGCAUAUGAUGUAGUGAAAUUGUUGGAAGAUCAACUUUCAAAUUCUUUCCUUUUCUUUGUUGAUGUGCGCAGGGAUUUCAGAUGACAGUCUUAUAGUUGAGUCCACAGCAUUAAACAAACUAGUAUAUAGUAACUGUAGUAGUACACUUAACUUCUUGUUUAGUCCUGUAUGGUAACUGACAUUUUUCUGUCAGUCACAUUCUUGGAAAAUUCCUGCAGCCUGUUAAAUAAGAAGGGCUGUGUAUCUGAGACCAUGUUGCCUGAGACAACAUGUACAUUUAUAUAAAAAGCCUAGUUUUGUCAGCUGCUGGGAUUUGCAGUUUACUGAAAAAUAUUUGCAGUUUUGAAAGCUGCAGGGAAAGAAACAAGCACUACCACAAAACAUGAAAUGACUUAAGAUUUGUUCCCCUAUACAGUUUAUGACAAUGAGGCAUGAAUUGUGUGUACUGGAACUAUAACUGGAUUUUUUUUCUGUGUGCUUUUAUUAAAUGUUGCUGUUAAGGAUUAUGGUUCAUGUAAAGAGAGGUAAUAUAUAACUUCAUUUUAAUUAAGAUAUAUUUUACAGAAAAAUGCUGCAAAUUCUUAACAGUAAUAGGAAUGACUGUAAAUUAUUUGAAAUAUUUAUUAGGUAUGCACAUGUGUUCUGGUUUUGUUACUGAGCAGGACAGUAGAACAGUCAGUAAUUUCUCUGACAGCAGGAUGUGUGACAAAAGCAUUUGAGUUUGAAAGUGUAAAUGCCUGAGUUAAGCGAGGGGUUUAGUAGUUAAGAAUAUUAGUAACAGUGAUUGUCAUUUCCAGUCUGUCAUUCAGAAAAUGUUGCUGUUCUGCAUUAAUGCCUGAGCAGAAAAUCUGUAGUCUUACUGUUAAUGCUUUUCUUGUGAACAUACAUUAUUUAUAAAGGGAAUAGGCAGAAAAAAAUUACUUUGUAAAUGUCAUCAUCAUAGUAAUUUAUAUUUGCAUGUUUUGAAACUGUCUUUCUGUAAGCAUAAAAUUGUGGCUUUGUACAAUCAUUUCCAACAUUCCAUGUAAAUAUUUUACCUCACUUUUUGCGUGCAGGUAAAUCCACCAGCAGUGUAUGCAAACAACCUCUUAAAACUCAUUGUUUGUAUUUGUAAAUGAAAAAAUUAAGCUGUUUUUUAUUUUUUUAGCAAAAAGAAGUUUUAAAUAUGUUAAAACACCUGACAGUCUUAAAACUAAGCAUGUCCAAACAGUGAUGUGCAGUUUUUGUGGGUUUUGUGCUACUGCAUCUAUAAACACCAAUAUUUAUAUUUUAUUGUCGCUAGUUUUCAUAGUGAAAAAUAUAAUUUAAGCCUUACCUUUAGAAACAUUGUAUGUGACAUGUAAUUUCACAUUCUCAGUUUCAUGCUUUAAAAGUGUGGUUUCCUUCUUAGUUAUUUGUAUGUUUCAUUCACAUAGUGUAUCACAGUUAUUGUAUUGUUUUUAACUUAAGUUAAGCCAGAACAAGGCUACAAUUUUCAACAGGUACUUUAACAGUAAAGUAGACUAACAGGUUAUUAACAAAUGGUACACAGGCUGUGGGACAUGAUUUCUGCCAAACAUAUGGUCUAAGUACAAAUAAGUAAAUACACAACAUUCUGUCUAAUUAUGGUGCCUAUAACGGUUUCAGAACAUUCAGGGUCUAUUGUUUAUUUUUUUUUAUUGUCAGAUACAUUUUAUUGUACAUGUCACUACUUAAUUUGUUAUGCAGUUUGAAAUGAUGGCCUGACAGUUGGGCAUUACUGUAUGUGUACAUUCUUUGUCUUACUAGUAGUGAUACAAUAAAUGCCUGGAAAGAAAAUGCUGUUUGUACAAUAAAAUGAAUAAAUAUUUUAGAAGUUGAAUGAUUUUAA